CACUCGGGCUUUCAGUUAGCUGCUGCGAUGUGAGAAACUCUACUGAGUAGCUGCUCCGCAAACCAACGAAACAACAUGUUUGGCACGUUACAGGAUAAAACGUGGGUAUGAAUAUAUAUUUUUAUAAGCGGAUAGCAAGGCUGUGUUUCAUUGUUGACACUCCCGGCCUGCCGGGCCGUAUUUGAAACACCCGGCGGCAGUUGGUGUUGUGUUGGUUGUUGUUGCUAAGCUAACGCUAUCUGGACCGUGAGGUGGUAAACAGAAACGGACACAUGCUAGCUUAAGUUUCAGCAGUGAGAGCUGCCAGUUUAUUGCCUCCUGGGAAUCAACAGAGGCUGAUGUGAUUACUCAGUGGACUCUGCUCUCUCCUCCAAGGCCAGUAACCGCGAUGUGAGCCAAGUAUGCAGUGAUAUGCAACCUGAGACUCACAUUUCAUCCCCAAAGUAGUUAAGAAGAAAGAACUUCUGGCUCAGUCCGUGUCAGCGAAUAACAUCAAGACUCCUUGGCCCAGCCUCGGCUUCAAACUCUGAGUGUGGCUGUUAGUGGGAAACACUUUGCCUCAGGAAAAAAAAAAACCUUUUGUGCCUGCCUGCUUGAGCCUCACAGGAAGGCUUGUAACCCUGCAUCUCUACCAAGAGCUAACGCUGUCCUGCUGCACAGGUGGUAGGACCAGUUGUGGUACUGCUGUCACUGCAUCCGUGGUGGCAGUUAUGAGUGCUGUUGGUCAGGAUUUGUCAAGAACUUCUAGUCCAUCUGCAGCGACCAACAGAAAAUUUACAGUUCUGUUCAGCUGGAGCUGACAUUUCAGAAGUCAUUCCUACUGAAGAACUGCUUACUAAGUGUGGAGCCACCAGGACGGGUCUUUUAGGAAAGAGAAUCUUCUUCCACCUCAGGCUCAUUUGUUACUGUCUCGACUGUUAAAUUCCUAUCCUGCCAAGUCUCCACCCAAGACCCUUGCCCCUAAACUCAGCCCUUCAGAAAUAACCACAGCUUUGUUGGGCCCAUGCCCACCAACCAGUCCUCCCCCUGGGGUGGGGGGAGGCUACAGACAUGCUCUAAUGCAGAUAGUCCCAACACUACAUCAUCUGUUAGUACACACGCCAAGACAGUUGUGGCUGCUAAGGUGCCUUUUAAUCGGACUUCCCUUAAUCUGUCCAAGCGAAAGGACCAAAACAAACCUCUCCCCUCUAAUGUUGCCUCCUCUGCUUCCCCCUUGAAGCAGACAACAGUGGCUCCCUCUCGGGCUUCUGUAUGGGAGAAUGGGGAUGGAUAUAAAACCAACACCCAGAGCCAAAUCACCUCUGUGCCAGAUGGGUCUCCAACCCGGCCACAUAGACUUAAUGGAAUUCAAAUCCCAAAUCAGGUACUGGCAAGAGGACUGAAGCAGACUGACAACAGCCUCGCGGACACCUCCAUCCCCAAGCAGCAAGUGAAGGUGAAGACUGAGGCUGCAGACUGUUCUUCUUUGCCAUCAGUGCCUCCCCUGUACCUUACUCUUUGUGAGCACUGGGGGGCAGCAUUGGGAAAGGAUGCCUCCAGCUUUGAUAGCACAAAAGUAGAAAUAAGAAGCACAGUGAGACAAACAACAGCCACAAGGAGGUGCCAUUCAGCUAAACAAGCAACAAAAUGCGGUCAGAGGCAAAACAGUUGCGCAAUAACAACUGAUUUAAAUAAUCAGCUGCAGGUAAGAGGUGGUCCUCCAGUGGUUUUGGCAGCAACUGCAAAGAGCAAGGCCCAAACACUAGCAUCAUUAGAUGUGAACAAGCAAGCCCCAGAAAGUCAGUAUUCUCUGGGAAGCACCCUGUCCACAUGCAGAAGAACCUGUCCUCCAGAGGUCUGUCCCCCUCCGAAUAACCCCAUGCCAACUGUGCUCAGUGCCAGUGUCAGUGCCACUCAGGAUCAGCAGCAGCCCACACUGCAGGAUGUCACCCCAGAUGUGGCCUCCUGUGGGAACUCGCUGGGUUCUGUGACCACUCAGAUCUCUGCUAUCCACCUAACCAAGCAGGGACAGCCUGUCCCCAUGUCAUCUCCAUCCCCUUCUUCCUCCUCACCCUCACCAACAGAGGAGUUUCUGGCCGGAGAGACUCAGCUAUCUGGGCCUGAGUGUGUCAUGCAGGUGGAUGGAGGUGAGGAAGAGCUGCCUGAUGAGCUGGAAAACGCCUGCAGUGACGACGAUUCAGACUGUUCAUCCAUCAAUGGUGCUUCAUCCACAGCAUCCAUCGCUCUCCUUUCUGGAAUUGAGGAGCCGAUGUUAUUGGGGGCAGAAGAUGAUCGAGAAGAGCGACCAGCACUGGUUCCCAGUUUAUUCCCCCUCAUCCCCCCGACACUCUACUUCAGCACUGCCAGUGAAAAAGUGGAGCUGCUGCCUGCAGAACAAAGACGACUGUUAAAAUGGAAGAUGAGCACCGUCACUCCUAACGUGGUCAAACACAUCAUCGCUAGGUCACACUUCAAAGUCACCAAGAGAAGCCAUGACUGGCUGGGGUGCUGGGGACACCACAUGAAGUCUCCUGGCUUCAAGGCCCUUGGAGAGCACCAGAAGUUGAACCACUUCCCAGGAACGUUUCAGAUUGGCAGGAAGGACCGGCUGUGGAGGAACCUGUCCAAGAUGCAGGCUCGCUUUGGGAAACAAGAGUUCAGCUUUUUCCCUCGGACUUUCAUCCUUCCUCAGGACAUCAAGCUGCUCCGCAAGGCCUGGGAGGACGGUGGCUCCAGGCAGAAGUGGAUCAUCAAACCUCCUGCAUCAGCCAGAGGAAUAGGUAUCCAGGUCAUCCACAAAUGGAGCCAGAUGCCCCGAAAGAGACCAUUGCUGGUCCAGAAGUACCUUCACAAGCCCUACCUCAUCAGCGGCAACAAGUUUGACCUGAGGAUCUACGUCUAUGUGACAUCCUACGACCCGCUCAGAAUUUACAUCUUCACUGACGGACUGGUUCGAUUCGCCAGCUGCAAGUACUCAUCUUCUAUGAAGACCCUGAGUAACAAGUUCAUGCACCUGACCAACUACAGUGUCAACAAGAAGAACUCUGAAUACCAGACUAACAGUGAUGACAAGGCCUGCCAGGGACACAAAUGGGCUUUGAAGGCGUUGUGGCAGUAUCUCGGCUCUAAGGGAGUCAACACCACUCUGAUAUGGGAGAAGAUUAAAGACAUUGUCAUCAAAACCAUCAUUGCGUCAGAGCCGUACGUUAACAGCCUGCUGAAGAUGCAUGUUCGGACACCGUACAGCUGCCACGAGCUGUUUGGCUUUGACAUCAUGCUGGACGAGAACCUCAAACCCUGGAUCCUGGAAGUUAACAUAUCACCCAGCCUCCAUUCCAACACAGCGCUGGAUGUUUCCAUCAAAGGUCAGAUGAUCAGAGAUCUGCUGAACCUGGCUGGCUUUCGUAUUCCUCAAAGAGAAGAUGUGGUCGCUCCCUGCAGCAGCGCCUCUAGCUCCACCAGCAGUUUGUGUGGAGGGAACAGGGAGAGGACCAAACCAGAUCUGUCCGCUGACGAGAAGGUUAAACGGGCAUUUUACCUCGCACAGCGCUACGCAGACCAGGACUUCCUCUCCUCAGUGUUGGAUGUCUUGACUCCGGAAGACGUUCGCGUUCUAGCAGAGAGUGAAGACGAGAUGAACCGUCGGGGAGAGUUUGAGCGGGUUUUCCCAUCGCAGUCAUCAUCUCGCUACCUUCGCUUCUUUGAGUGUCCCAGAUACCUCACCAUCCUGCUGGAUCAGUGGGAACAGAAAUACUGGAACAACAGGGCGAAGGGUAACAGUCUGCUGAGGACUCUCUGUCAGAAAGGAGUCCACCUGGGAACCAGUGACCCUGCUCAUAUAUGGUCCAAGUGUAGCUACAUCUCCAGGUUUGAACCCCACAGACAAGACCUAGUCAGCCCAUUCAGAUCCAGGGUGGUGGUCAGCCAUCAUCACCGGUCCCAUGAUGACGACAGUGACAACGGUUCAGACGGGGAGGUCGCUUCGGUCUCCAGUCUGCCCGUUUCGCCAAGUCCUGGAUCUAGUGUCACCAGCAGUGCCUGUGCAAGUCCUCAGCCCAGCCUCACCCAGAGCCUGCUGCCCCAACAGUUUGCCCCGCUCUGAUGAUCUGGUUUGCCAACAUGAUGCUCAGUUUCCAGAACAGACACAAAGCUCAGGGUCAAAUUUAGCCCCAUCUUCUAGCCCCCCCACCCCCCCGCCCCAUCUUAUAUUCAUGUUUACUGGCUCGAGAAACAUCUUUAAAACUGACGUUUGAGGCUCAGUCUUAACAAACACUGUAGAAUGGUGUGAGUCUUGGUUUAACAGAACUGUAGUUGGCUAUGAAAAUUAAACACUACAGUGGCUAUUACACACUAAUGUGAUUUGUAGGUGGUUGGUACGUGUAGGCGGCUGAAUGUUGAGCAGUCGGGGGCUUCAGUUAAUUUCUUUGCGGUAUGAAAAUCGUCCUCCAGAGACGUGAACCAUGCCGGAGAUACAUAUGCUGAUCUGUCACAGUGAGCUUCACCUGCAUCAUUUGUCAAAUCUGCCUUAUUAUAUGGUAAUGCAGUGCAUAUCAGUCAUCAGCAUGACCAUACAACGAUGCAAGUUUGACAGCUGAAGCAGACGUGACAGGUGUGACAUUCAGAUUUUUUUUUUUUUUUUUCAGACAUUAGCAUGUGAACAUGCUUGUGAAGGGUGUGUUCACGCAGCAUGAAAGCGUUUUGACAACAGUAGAAGCAGAUUUGGCGUUCGUUGCAGCGAGACCACUUCAUUGACAGGAUGUAGAAACCAGUCAUCCAGCAAAAAACGUUGAACCUGGCUCCUCUUUGCCUCAACGCGACGUCAUCUGGCAAGGUACUGCAUUAGCCAAUCAAAUAUGAGCUAGCUGCAUGCCUCAUUGAUAUGUUAUAACAAGAACUCGGUUAUUCCGGUGUUUACUUAGCGAGUGGUGUGGCGGAGGAUGAAAUGUCUGUAGUUGAGAUGCCUUUUCAGAGUUGGUUCACAGUAUUAGAAUCUGCUGUGCAGUGUUUGGCUUCAGAUAAGUCUUAAAACUCGUGGAUGUGUUAUUAAAACUAGACGGUACUUCUCACCUGUGUGGUAGCUUCAUGCCGCCACAUUCACAGAACCAUGUGUUUUUUAAACUCGUGCCAUUUUCAGUCUGAACGCCUGCUAAGAACAAAAUCUUCAGGCUCCCUCAGCCCUCACAUGUUGAUCCACGUUGGCCUUUGGUAUUAAACGUAAACUGUGAAUAAGAAAUGCUGGGCUUCCUCACAACUUACACUGCAAAGCAAUGUUGGCACAGGCUGUGGAUUUGUGUGUUGUACGCACACACACUAGCACAAAGACAACUGCACGGCCAGUGUUACCUGACAGCACAACACAGUGGUCCAAAGUUGAGGUGAUAAAUAAUGACACAACACUGUGAGUCCUCUGAUGGUUUGGUGACCAUCAAGCAACUGAUCGCACAAGUGUCACAUUCUUAGCCUUAUGGACUUUAGUGUGUGUGUGUGUGUGUGUGUGUGUGUGUGUGUGUGUGUGUGUGUGUGUGUGCGUGUGUGUGUGUGUGUGUGUGUGUGAGAAAACAGAGAAGACAAGAGAAAAGGGCUCUCAGUAGACAAAUAAAGGGAGGGACGGGGAACCCUGCAGGGAAAGACUGAGCUCACCAGAUGUUCUGUGGUGUGCUGAGAUUCCUGCAGCUUAUUUCAAACGCAUUAAGUGUCAGCACUUUUACUUUCACUGGUUUUGCUUCACUAAACCAUUAGCAGUCAAAAAAAAAGUGAGUUUAGUUCAUAUUGGAGUUUAACCCGCCAGAACCUGACAGGUUCUUCAUUAACACAAACAGGUCAGGGUUUGCUGUUUGAGUGGAACCAGUUUAAGAGCUCUUAUUGUAUCCUCAGGAAAAAAGGGUCUUCUUUGAAAAACAUAAAUCUACUGUGAGGACACUUUCAAAAAUGUAAAGGUAAAAUACUUGAAGAUAAAAAUGCUUGGCUUCACUCAAGCUGACAGGCAGGCAGCGCUGGCUGUAGAGCUUCUUCUUGAAGUUUCCACUAUGUGUGAAUGUUUGAAACUCUCCCAAGUCACAGUGUUGCCAUGGAAAUUAUUUGAAAGGUCAAAUUUUCAGUCAUUCCUGCUGUCAGACGUGUGGAGGCUGGCCUGUUUACAGACGAGUUUUAUUAUGCAAUUUGCUAACAGACUGCAAACUGCUGUGCAGUGUCAAUAUGUAGCAGACAUUUAUAACAACAAAGAAACUUUUAUUAACUCUUCAUUAUUAUACAUGGAGUAGAAGGAGAAAUGAGAAUAUACAUGUAAUGAAAUGCUAAUUAAAAAAUCCUCAUUGCAUUUAAGCAAAAAUAGGAUGUGAUGUGGAAGCACAAGGUGGCGUCUGAAGGCUUUUUCCUGGUGUACAGAGACCACCUGUCUCAUCUGGACGUUUGUGAUCUGAGUGACCAGAUACACACUGAGGGCCCAUUCACACAGAGAAGCAUCGCUGAGGAGAAAUGCUUUUAAAUUCUGUUUUAAGCAGAGCUGCAACUACUUAUUUCAUUCCUGAAUAAUCUACUUACCUCUUGCAAAACUUUCAACAUCCUCUGUGCGUCCUGCGUUUCUCUGUCUGAACUGGGCCUCACACAGUAUUAGCCUAUUAACGUCACACAUCCACCAUUUAGAAGUCAUUACCAACAGGCUGUUUUUGCAUAUUCAUGAUUUGGCAUAAUAAAUAUAUUACAUAAAAAAACUUGAAUUUUUCUGUAGUUAUCUAAAACAUAGGUUAAAUGAGCUAAAACACGUAAAAAACCCCAAAGUGGUCGUUAACGUAUCUUAUUGUCCAUUAAGCUGCUGUUAAAUAACAACACUUGGAGGGCGUUCGUAGGCCCUCGAGGUGUGAACUCACUUAUUAAAUGAAUGAGCGUGUAAACUUUCAGGUCAUUCAUACUGGAGUGUUAAUGUUUUCAUUUGACGGAACUGACAACCUGCUCUGACACAUUUAGCAGAUUCCACUUUAUGCCAUAGCCACGCCGCCGCCACGCUCGCUGGCUGCUUUACAGAGUUUAUAAUUUAUAAUGUUAAAUAACAAAACUGCAUUCGAAGAUGUUUUUAAACAUAUUUGAAAUGUUACAAGUGGAAAUAAAAUUUUUUCUAACUUGGCCAUUGUAAAAUUUCUAUGUGAAAGGGCUGUAUGAGUUGCUCAGGAUGACUAUUUCAAAAUAAAAGUUAUUUGAGGUGCAAGUCUCAUGAUGGAUCUGGGUGAUUUUAAACAAUUAUUUUCACUUUUAUAGCAUUUUGUAAACAUUGGUGUUUCUUGUGUGUUUAACUUGUGUUUAAACAUGUUCUUUGGCAUAGACUGGACUUCACUGCUGCAGAGAAAACACAGAAACCAGGCAGUGGUAUUCUGAAUGUGUGUCAGGACUCUGUAAAUACUUGUAAACUAUUAAUAUCUGAGCUCUCCUCUCUAACCAGCAGUGACAUUUGGAUAACUCCAUUUAUUAUUAGUAACACACUGUGUAAUAACCUAGAACUGAGAAUAAUUUUUACCGAUUAAAACAUGAACUGGAUUCAGAGAACGUUCUAAAUUCUGGCGGGAGUUUUAUUUAACGAACAUCUCCUGCACAAAGUUUAGCCAGCAGGUCUCAGCAUCAGCAAGAGGAUUUGCUGUGCUCAGUGUGUUAUUUCAACAAUUUGCAUAGUUAAUGUUUAUGUCCACACGACCAUGACCUGAGAGAGGAUGUUCUGUUGGAGCAAUGAGUACAGUAAC